UUUACAGUAGAAUGGAGAAGGUGGUGGGUGUGUUGCUUCGCGUAGUUUUUUUUUUUCGUUUAAUUUUUUUAAAACAUGAACUAAGUAGUUAGUUACAUUUUAUUUAUUAAUAAUUAAUAAAUUUAUAUGUGUAAACAUAUUCGUUCUGAAUAUAGAUAGUGAAUUAAAAUUUGUUCAUUAAACUAGCUUUCCAAUUUCAAAAAUAUUUACAUUAAUUGUUUGUUGUUGUUAAAGUGCAGUUUAUGUAUCAAAUGAGAUAAGAAAUCAGCGUUAAUUAUUCUAAUUAACAAUCAUUAUGAUUAAUAAUGAAGCCAUUAGUGAAAAAUCCACAGUGCGUCCUUAUUUGAAAAAUGGCUAUAUUGGGUGAAUGUAACUCCAUUCUCAAAUCUUUGCCAUGUCGUCACCAUGUCAAAAAGGCGGGAUGCGCCUCAGCGAGGCCCUGGACAACAUACAGCUCGCUUAUAAUCCAAUUACCAAACAAUUACAUUUUGUGAGUCCCAAAGUAGAGAAACAGACAGAGGACAUACCAGACGACGUUGACAAGUUGUCAAAAAAGAGUAGCUUCAGUGAUGAAGGAAACUAUUCAAUUUCGACCUGUGAAAAAAGUGACACAAGUGAUUCUCCAAAAAGUACAUUACAAUGGGGUGGUAGUGUGUGUGGUCACCAGCGAGGUAAAGACGGUGGGUCUUUCUCGAGCACUGUCUCCAGUUUAUCAGAGUGUUCUCUGGGUUCUAAUGGAUCUCGAGAGGAUGAGCUAACAGAAAACACUUUACCCGAGAAUGGCAAACUUAAGAAGAAAGGUCUAUCCAGUUUCUUUAGCAGAGGCGUUUUCCCUUGGAAGAGCAGUUCAUCGAAGAACCAUGACUCGUCGCCGACGUCCUGGAGAUUGUUCGGCAGCAAGUCCAACACUAACCUGGCGAAGAGUCUGACAGCCGAGGUUCAGAAGUCAUUGACUCCAUCGUCCUCCGCGGCCACCACACCACACCACCACAAACGGCAGGGCAGCUCUGCCAGCGAGAAGCAGUUUGAUGACCUCGUCGCCAGCUCAAUAGCCCUAAUACAACAUGACAGACCAUCAAAUCUGCCGGCAAAAUGUACGGAGGAAGCCCUGCGUCACAAGGCGGAACACGCUCGAAUGGUUGAAGCGGCGAGACGAAGAGUGGAACGAGAAGCUGCUGCAAGACAUGCCAAGAUGCAGGAGUCACUGAGGAUGGAAGAGAGACUAGCGAGACACGCGCGGGAGUGGACACAGAACAUACUCCCUGACUGGCAGAACAUGAAAAAUGCUAAACGAACUCAGGAACUUUGGUGGAGCGGGCUACCACCGUCUGUAAGAGGCCGGGUGUGGCAACUGGCCAUAGAGAACAAGCUCAACAUAACAGAGCAAAUGUACCAAGAUUAUGUUGCCAAAGCAAAGCAGAAGUUACACGAGGCGCAGUUGAGAAGGAAGCGAUUAAAACUCAACAACUCCUGUCACUGUCGAGAAGACGACGCUAAAGAUACGGAAGAAAAGAUAACAAAAGAUGCCAACAAGGAAGACAACGCGAAGAAGACGGACAAAACAAGAACUGACGACAGGAAGGAUGAGAAAACUGAGAAACUGAGGUUGGGGAUGCCGAGGAACUACAGCGAACAGAACCUGAAGACCUUACACGUGGAGGCACCGAACAAGUGCUGCUCGAAAUCCAACCCUAAUCUGUUGGAGUAUAGUGACGAAUGUUCCAUGGAGCUGAUACAGCUGGACAUCUCGAGGACUUUCCCACAUCUGUGUAUUUUCCAGCCGGGAGGGCCGUACUUCGACGUCCUACAUGAAUUGCUAGCGGCUUACGUGUGCUACAGACCGGAUAUAGGAUAUGUACAGGGUAUGUCGUUCAUAGCGGCCGUGUUGAUACUGAACAUGGAAGCGUCCCAGGCGUUCAUGUGUUUCUCCAACCUCCUGGAAUGGCCGGUGCUGAGGGCUGCCUUCACUAGAGACGGCGCCACGAUGCAGCGUCUAUGGCGAGCGUACACGGCCGUCCUGUCUAGCGAGCUGCCCCGUCUCGCGUCUGUGGUGGCCCCUGAGCUGUAUCUGGUGGACUGGAUCUACUCAGUGUUCGCCAAACCGAUGCCCCUAGACGCCGCCUGUCGAGUUUGGGACGUCCUGCUCAGAGACGGCGAUCACUUCCUCUUCCACGUGGCCCUCGGGGUGCUACAUUUAUAUCAAAACGAAUUGAAGGAUAUGGAUUUCAUAUCAGCCGCUCAGUUUCUUACCAAAUUGCCGGACGACCUGGACCCCGAGGCCCUCUUCAGGAGUAUCUCCUCUACAUCGUUGACAGCAGACGGCCUGACCUUCGAAGAGCUCGUCACCAACUGCCAAAUAGACGAAGAAGACAGCGUCAGAUUAUGAUACAUGACUUGAUAGAUGUAAAUAUAUAACUUGCCCUUAAACUAAGGAAAUUAAAUAGUCCAUAUGUUGUAACCAUUUAUAGGUGAGACUUAGAAUAUUAGAUUCACUAGUGUUACAUGCUCGUGUCGCCUUGUAUAUAACAACACUAUAUCUCUUUCUAUUCAACGACUUCACUUAACUCGAUAUUUCUAAAAUAACUCACAUAAUGUAAGAUACAUAUCAUUUAUACUUUAUAGCAUAUUUUCAUUUCUAUUGAAAUGUCCAUUAAUGUAACUUUCUCCAUAUAAAAUCUUAUUAAAAAAAACAAAUAGGUAAUCGGCUGAGCUGUUUCAAAAGUUUUAAAUGAAUUAAUUGUCUUUAAAAAUAUUAUAUUAAGGAAAAUAUUAUAUGACGUUUCAAGAAUUAAACAUUUGUAUAUAGUGUAUAUAGAUAGAGUCAAUAUAUAAGAUUAUGGAUACAACGAGUAGUGAUCGGCCUAAUAGUUAAUGCAAGAAACAAUAUAUUAAAGUGUGCUAGUGUGCUAAGUAAUGUAUUGCUGCGAGUUAAAGCGAGAAAGUUAUUCAUUACAAAAUCUAUGUAUAUACAAAUACAAUAAAAUAAAAUAUUAAAGCUAUUUCUCAUAUUUAGUAGAACAUUAUAUUUUCUUCCAUUUUAUGUUUCAGUACUUUUUAUUAUAACCGCCGGCUAUAUUCUACAAUUGAAACGGUUUGCAGUAAUACAUGUGUUAAUCUAAACAGUGCUACGAGUGUGUGGCAAAGCUUUAAGCUGAGAGGGAUCUUGCCGACCGUUUGAUAUUAUGAUGAUAAAAUAUUAUAUGAUCACUUAUUAAUUUAAGCACAUUUUUUUAUUAAUUUAUUUUUAAUUUGAAUACGUGAAGAUCUUAUUUGUGUUUUGGUUUAUAUUCUUUCAUAUAUCUAGUAUUUGAUGUAAUUACACAUUAUUGUUUACUGUUUAAAAUUGAUAAAAUUUAUAUAUUGCUUAUAAGAAAUGCGAUGCUGAAAUGUAAAAAUAUGUCAUCUCAGUUUGAAAAUAAUGUCUUGUUAAAUGUAAAUAUGAAUAGUUUUUAAAUGCAGUUGUGAUGUUGACUGAUAUUAUAAUGCCAUCGAGAAACGCUACGUCUCGGCCCCAAUAAUGUUAGAUUUGAUUAUAAUAAAUUUACUGAUGAAAAUUA